CCAAGAAAUCAUAAGAUAGCUAUAAGAAACUUAUCGGAGGACAUAUUAGAUAAUUUGUACGCUAUAAUCACAAUGGAGAACGGGAAGAAGAGGUUGGCUGUGUUGGUCGGAUGCAACUAUCCGAACACGAGAAAUGAGUUGCACGGUUGCAUAAAUGAUGUAUUAAGCAUGAAAGACGUACUUGUGAAUAAACUUGGUUUCGAACGAAGUAACAUUGAGCUCCUAACUGACCCCCCUGGGUCUUCCAUCAUGCCUACAGGAAUGAACAUAAAAGCAAUGCUCAAUCAAAUGGUUGAUCGCGCUGAGCCAGGAGAUGUAUUAUUCUUUCAUUACAGUGGACAUGGAACGAGAAUUCCUUCAUAUCAUGGUUUUAAACAGGAUGAAGCCAUUGUUCCCUGUGAUUUCAACCUUAUCACAGAUGUGGAUUUUCGACAACUUGUCAACCGUUUACCAGUAGGAUCAAGCUUCACCAUCCUAUCCGACUCAUGCCACAGCGGUGGACUGAUUGACAAGGAAAAAGAGCAAAUUGGUCCUAAUGAAGAUAAUCCCAAAUCACUUCCUACUAGUCCUACUCCUAAGAUCAUCCCUUUUGACGCCAUCUUACAUCACUUAUCAUCAAUUUCCGGUGUUCAAUCAUCAGACAUUGGUCUUCAUAUGAUGGAGGUGUUCGGCAAGGAAGCGAGCAUCAAAUUUCAACUACCUGAGGCAGAAAUUGACCAUAGGUCUGAUUCCGGGAUCCUACUAAGCGGGUGUCAAGCAAAUGAGACAUCGGCUGAUAUCAACCCAAUGGUCAGUGGCGGAAAGGCCUAUGGAGCAUUCAGUAAUGCUCUUCAAACGGUUUUAAAGGAGUCUGGAACCAGUAUCAGCAAUAGAGAAUUGAUCAUUCGUACCAGGGAGAUUUUACGAGCUAAAGGAUUCCACCAACACCCUUGCUUAUAUAGUAGUGAUGAAAAUGCCAAUGCUCCAUUCUUGCGAGAAACAUCAUGAAAACAGCUAGCCCAUACACAUCAAUCAUGAUAUUGAUUUUCAAUUUGUUAUGAAAAUCUAACUUCACGAUGUAUGAUUUUCAUGUUUCUGUUCUUGCUUAUCCCCAUAGAUUGCUACCUCUGCAAUCUUCUUGAAUAAAACUUUCUAAAAUUCAAUAAAUAAAUAAAUAAAAGUAAAUACAUAUUGUGUUUCUCA